AUGUCUAUCCCUCAUCCUCUUCGUGCGUACAACGCAUCAGGUCUGUCGUCUCUGGAAAGCAGCAGCUCAGUCGGGCCACCAGGUCCUUUCCACAACCCGUUCCCGGCUCGGCGAGCAAGAAGCGAAGACUUUGUCUAUAAUGUAUCUCAUGCUGGACUGUUCCCGCCACUCUCCAGAAAUACUUACUUUCCAGCAUUGAAAGAGAUGGCUACUGAUCUCAAGGUUAGCUUGUCGCUUUUCAGUCUUACAGUUGCUGUGUACAUGAUGGGCCAGUCUAUGGGCCCAUUUCUCUCCGGCCUGGGAGCUUUUACCCUCCUGCUCAUUGUGGCUCUCCUCCCGAGACUCUACGCAGAAUCACAGGAAAACGGCACACUCCGCCUCAGUUCUAUCCACAGACCCGUCAUAUACAGUUACAAGGAGCCUUAUCCCUCAGAAAAGUUUCGAGAUGUACCGGCUUGCAAGAAUGUCACUGCCUCGAGCAUCGUGGCACCCCUUAAAUUACUCUUCGCAAAGGACGUCGUCUUUGUCACCGUCACGACAGCCCUGUUCCGACUCGCUUCAAACCUCAGCGUCACACAGGUCGGACUCAUUUUCCUCCUCAAUGGCGCUGGCUGCGUUGCAGGCCCCUACCUCACCGGCUACCUCACGGACUACGACUAUGAGAAAGUGGAAGCGCAAUACCGCAACGAGCAUGAUAUCAAUGCUGACGCACCCCUCAACAAGAAAGAACUCGUCGUCGACUCUGCUGUCGAGAAGUCUAGGCUGAUGAAACAUCUGCUGAAAAUCAUCGCCGUCCCAGCUCUCAGCCUCCAGUUCUUCAUCGCGUAUACAGCGACCGCUGGGUUUUCGCUGAACAGCGAGCGGACUGGCCGUUGA